AUGGCAGACACCGCACAGGACCAGCAACAGCAACCCGCGCAGCAGCCAGGCUACACGCGCCGCCGUCGCACCCCCACUCCUCCGCCUCCCGACCCUUACGCCGUCCUCGACGAAGACGAGUCUGCGCCGCUGUACGUCCCGCUCAAGCAGCGACGAGCACAGCUAGUGUCGAAGCUUGCGGCCAAGGGAACGGGCGGAGCGGCGGCGGCAGCGGAGAAGCGCAAGAGGGAGGAGUUGGAGGAGGAGGAGAAGGAGCGCGAGAGGGACGAGGAGGAGGCUCGCAGGAAGAAGAGGGAGGCGCAGACCCUACUGAUGGAGGCGCAGGAGGUUAAGCGACAGAAGGCGCUCGAGGAGUCGGCGAAGACGGAACAGCAGAAGCGCGAAGAGGAGGAAGCGAAGAUCCUUGCGGCGCAGGAGGCGACGCGGAAGAAGCUGGCUGGUGCAGAGGAGGUCGCGAAAGGAAUCGUUUACACGGAACGGAUGAAGGCGACCUGGCGACCACCGCACUACCUUCGCGGCAAAAGCGAGGAGGAGCACGACGCCGUACGAGAGAAGUUCCACAUCCUCGUUUCUGGCGACGACAUCCCUCCUCCGAUCCCCAACUUCAGGGACAUGAAGCUCCCGAAACCGCUUCUCGAGUACCUCAAGAAGAAGAAGAUCUCCGCACCGACGCCUAUCCAGCUUCAAGGUCUCCCCGUCGCCUUCUCCGGCCGCGACAUGAUCGGCAUCGCCUUUACCGGAUCCGGCAAGACGCUCGCCUUCUCGCUGCCGCUCCUCAUGCUCGCGCUCGAGGAGGAGAAGCGUCUCCCGUUCAUGCAGGGCGAGGGGCCGGUCGGGAUCGUCAUGUGCCCGAGUCGCGAGUUGGCGAGGCAGACGUUCGAGGGGUUGAAUGAGAUGGCGAAGUGUCUCGAGCAAGGAGGGUACCCUCAAGUCCGCUCUCUCCUCUGCAUCGGCGGCAUUUCGAUGGCGGAACAAGGCCAAACUCUCGCCAAUGGCUUCCACAUGGUCGUCGCGACGCCCGGACGUCUCCAAGACAUGCUCGAGAAGCGCAAGUUCACGCUGAACCAGUGCAAGUACCUCUGCAUGGACGAAGCCGACCGGAUGAUCGACAUGGGUUUCGAGGAAGAUGUCCGCAACAUCCUCAGCUUCUUCAAGCACCAACGCCAGACGCUCCUCUUCUCCGCGACGAUGCCCAAGCGCAUCCAAGAUUUCGCCCAGUCGGCACUCGUCCAGCCCAUCCUCGUCAACGUCGGUCGAGCAGGCGCCGCGUCGCUCAACAUCAUCCAAGAAGUCGAGUACGUCAAGCAGGAGGCCAAAAUGGUCUACCUGCUUGAAUGCUUGCAAAAAACCGCGCCGCCCGUCAUCAUCUUCAGCGACAACAAGAACGAGGUCGACGACAUUCAAGAAUAUCUUCUUCUCAAGGGCGUCGAGGCCGUCGCCAUUCAUGGCAGCAAGACCCAGGAAGAGCGCGAGUACGCGAUCAAGUCGUUCAAGUCGGGCAAGAAGGAUGUUAUGGUCGCUUCCGGCGUCGCUUCGAAGGGCCUCGACUUUAGCGAAAUCCAGCACGUCAUCAACUUUACGAUGCCGAAGGAGAUCGAGGAUUACACUCACCAGAUCGGACGAACUGGACGAGGUGACAAGACCGGAAUUGCAACCACCUUCAUCAACAUGCAAACGCCGGAACAGACUCUGCUCGACCUCAAGUACCUCCUCAUGGAGUCCAAGCAGAAAGUUCCACCCUUCCUGCUCUCGAUCGAAGACCCGAACGUCGGCGCGGACGGCAAGCCCAUUGGGUGCACGAACUGCGGCGGUCUCGGUCACACGAUCCGCAAUUGCCCGAAGCUCGAGGAAAACCAGCGGCGGACGAUGGCUGGAAUUGGACGGGGCGGAGACAGCGGAGGAGGCGGGUGGUAG